AUGUUGUUUCGAAAUCUCCUGUCGACAACGGUCCUCGCCCUGUCACUAGGCGCUGGAGAUGUCCUUGCAGAACAUGGACGGUUUGGCCAGAUGGCCCGUGAUUCUCUGGCCAAACGGACUGCCCCGCCGGUCAAAAAGUCCCAUCACCAGUCGCACGACCACUUCCGGUUCCUCAGCCGCGAGACUAAGCGUACGACAUGUCCUAGUCAAUUGAGCCUGCCCGAUGUCGACUUCGAUAUCGGUGAGAUGUAUUCCGGGUUGGUCCCCAUCGAGAAGGACAACAGCUCGCGGUCUCUGUUCUUCGUCUUCCAACCCACCAUUGGGGAGCCGGUGGAUGAGAUCACGAUUUGGCUCAAUGGAGGCCCGGGCUGCAGUUCCCUCGAGGGCUUCUUCCAAGAGAACGGCCGGUUCCUUUGGCAAGCCGGGACCUUCGCGCCGGUUGAGAACCCCUACUCGUGGGUGAACUUGACCAACAUGUUAUGGGUCGACCAACCCGUGGGCACUGGCUUUGCCACCGGAACGCCCACCGCGGUGUCCCAGGAAGAAACAGCCGAAGACUUUAUCAAGUUCUUCAAGAACUUCCAGAAACUCUUCGGAAUCAAGAACUUCAAGAUCUAUGUCACCGGCGAGAGUUACGCGGGGCGGUACGUGCCGUACGUCUCGGCGACCAUGCUCGACCAGGACGACAAGGAGUACUACGACCUGAAGGGUGCCAUGGUCUACGACCCCUGCAUCGGCCAGUUCGACUACGUGCAAGAGGAAGUGCCCGCGGUGCCCUUCGUGCAGCAGAACGCGAACUUGUUCAACUUCAACGCCAGCUUCAUGGCGGAGCUCGAGAGCCUGCACGAGUCGUGCGGUUACAAGGAUUUUAUUGAUCAGUACCUGGUGUUCCCGCCGUCGGACGUGCAGCCGCCCAAGUCGGCCAACUCCAGCGAAUGCGACGUCUUCGACCUGAUCUACAACGAGGCCCUGCUGGUCAACCCGUGCUGGGACGUGUACGAGGUCAAUCUCAUGUGCCCGCUGCAGUGGGACGUGCUCGCCUUCCCGACAGGGCUGCUAUACCAGCCCGCCGGGUCGACGGUGUACUUUGACCGGCCGGACGUGAAGCGCGCCAUGCACGCGCCGCUCAACGUUACCUGGGCCGAGUGUGCGAACCAGAACGUCUUCGUGGGCGGCAAGGCCGGGCCCGAGGGCGAGGGCGACCUGUCGGCGAACCCGAUCGAGCACGUCCUCCCGCAGGUCAUCGAGGCCACCAACCGCGUGCUCAUCAGCAACGGCGACUACGACAUGAUCAUCCUCACCAACGGUACGCUGCUGUCCAUCCAGAACAUGACGUGGAACGGCCAGCUGGGCUUCCAGUCGGCGCCCAGCACCCCGAUCGAUAUCACUCUGCCGGACCUGCAGUACAAGGAGGUGUUUGAGCAGAAUGGACAGCCCGGCUGGGAUCUCGGUCAGGGCAUCAUGGGGAUUCAGCACUACGAGCGUGGACUGAUGUGGGCGGAGACGUUCCAGAGCGGACACAUGCAGCCUCAGUAUCAGCCGCGGGUGGCGUACCGCCAUUUGCAGUGGCUCCUGGGACGGAUUGAGACGUUGUAA